GUCCCAUCGCUGCAACGCUUCAGAGCCUGUGCGCCCAUUUUUUUCUUCUUACUGCUGCCAACUCCCGCGUGGCGCAUCACCCAUUUCAGCCGGGAAUAAAAAUAAGAGAGGAUCAGCAAACAAGGGAGGCAAGAAAAAAAAACUCAAUUACAAACUCACAUCGUCGUACCUGGAAUUACCACAUCAAGCAAAAAGCUUGAUCCCCUUGGUACAUCAUGAGCGCAGCGAUCGCCAUGGCCCCUUCGCCGGCUCCCCAUGACAGACCGGCCUACGCUGAGUUGGCACCUGCUACUAGUUCAGCGACUGUAGCUGCUGUAACUGGAACUGCCGCUGCGCCGGUGGCUUCACCCUCCGUCCCACGUACUUCAGCUGCGGUUUCGGGCACCCCGAACAAUGUUCCUGUCUCUGCGACGCAACGUCCUACCAGCCGAAGUCCCACCAGAUCGGCUGCCCAGCCCGCGGCAAAGUCUUCACCCCCAAGCGCAUCGCGAAACGUUUCUAACGCUUCCGCACCUAAGAUUAUUGUAAAGAAGGAACCCGGAUCUCCAGAUAUACCUUCUACUCGUCACCGCCCGCGAAAGUUAGACCUUUCCAGAAAUACUCUCACUGGCUCAGGUGCCGCGACGGCACGCCCGGCAUUGGGAAGGGAAGGACUCGGCAUCCAAGAAGUCGGUAUCGCGUGUUUGUCCCCCGGUUUCGUUACGCAAGAUCCAGUAAUGAAAGAACAUCUACAACAGAGCAUGAAUGUUAGGGAACAACAACGCCGUAUCAUUGAGGCUAGAUUACAACAGCAAUCAGCAAAGGGGGACGGACCCGACGGCAAGGAUAAGGACCCUAUUAGCCAAUUCGCCGCGAAGACCCCAGGAAUGUCUCGACGAAAUAAGGCCCCUCCGGGUUUAAGCAUUGUAGCGCCCUCCCACGAACAAUUCGCCAAUGAGCGAGUAAUCCAAUCUGCGCCUCUGGGCCAAACCUUUACUGGUCGCCACAACCCGCAGCCUCUAACACGGCAUCUUGCCAACCAGCCAUCAAACUUGUCCAGCACAUCUCACAUUCACCAUGUUCCCGCAAACCAAACAGCCAAUCGUUUGCCCCCGAUAUCAGAUGUAUUCGGUGGUCAAGGGCUUCCAUCACACGCCGAAACAAGCAGUCGCGCCCUAUAUCCCGGCUCAAGUCACGGGCCAUUAGCAUCGCCUGGUCACCCUCCACCACCCUCGCAGCCUCCUAUGUCAGGUCGGACUCGAGAGUAUAAGUCAGCAGAGGAAGCUCAGCACGAACUAUCUGGCGGUCGACCAGAAUUAUUACCCAAGCUUGUUCAUUACACAGGACACCAGCCUCCGACGCCGCCAUCGCCCCGAAAUGGAAUCAACCCCUUAGAUGCUAGCCGAGGUACGAGCAAGCGAAGAACUCGUGCCGAGUAUGAGGAAGGUAGCAGUCCUCCGCUAGGCCACGGGCCUUCUGCGACUCGAAGAGGACCAUUCGGAGCCGGGCGGGAUAGCCCCGAGACCCAGCGACAGAAGCGCGAGGAAUUCUUAAGGUUGUGCGAGAGAGCCUGGGAUCUAUUCCACUCAUGAACACGCUGAGACGAUCCUACCACGGCGGAUCGAAUUGAUAUUUCUUGUAACCUCAUGACUUUACGCCACGGUACGAAACAUACGGCCUUGUUCCCGUGUACAUGCUCCGAGAAGGAUCUUUUGGGGGAGGCGGAUAUGCUUGUUUUUGCUGGCGGGUUAUGUCCGAACUUGACGAGACGGCCUAGGCUCGCUAUUUAUGUUACGCAUAUGA